CGAAAAACAUCGCGUUGAUUCUCUGAACACACAAAAAACAAAAUGCACGGCUAUCCCGUGAUGCAGGUGGUGCAGUACCACGUGCCGCACGUGGGGCACGUGCCCAUACAACCAUUACCCUACACGCUGCAACCCGCAAGCCCCAACAGUGGACGAAUACGCAAGUAUGUCUUCUGGUGUUGUGCCUGUGGUGGCCUGGCCACCAUCCUCGGCGCGCUUUUCCUUGCUGUGUACUUCCUGCUGCGAUCAUAUACAUCAACACUGGGCUAUUUCGAAACAAUACCGACUUUUGUUCCGGCCACAAUGUUGAUACUGACUGGAUUAUGCGUGAUGAGUUUAGCUAGAAAAAAUCGAUAUAGUUAUCUUUUGAAGGUUUGUGGAGUUUGCUGCUUGGUCUGUGCGUUGACAUGUGUGCUGGUGACAAUUACAACAACUGUCAUCCAUAUGAAUCGCCUGCAAACCCUGCGUGAAUGUGUUUACACAAAAACACGCACCUGUACCUGUUACUCUGUGCUGUUGGAAGCCCACCCGCAAACUGAUGAAGGCAUGCGCUUCGUGUUUGAUUCCACGCCGGAUUGUGAAGUCAUCCAUGGCGCCCUCUACACAUGCCUACGCGCAAUGUUUGGUCUUUCUGUCAGCGGUAUUCUCGUCUGCAUAUUCUCCUGCAUGUUGGUCUAUCAACUUUUGAGCCAUGAACGUAAGAAGAUGUACUGGGAGCAAUUGGAGUUACGUUGUCGAUCAUUCUAUCAACAACAUGGAGCGCCACCUACAAGCGCUCCAAGUUCAAUGCGGGGACCACCCAUGCCCGCGCCGACAUACUGCAGCUGUUGUGAUGAAUGCCGAUAUCCACAGAUAGUACCCGCCCCACCACAGAUGUAUCCCUGGGAUAAUGGCGAACGUUUCUGGACGCCAGGUCGUGUAGGUAACUUCUACUCACCGAACCCUGGUGAAGAUCUACCCAAUGAAAACCGCAUCGCAAGUGGAUGGAACUGGCGCAGGUUACCAUGGACUCGAAACCCUACCCAGGACUCACCCAGAGACAAUUCAUUAACUUACCAAGGCAUCGCAUCAAGCGCUGAUAGUCAAUAUGGGUUCACCAAUCGCGAUGAUGGUAAUCCAGUGUCAUCUACCGGCAGUUACAGUGUUUUGGACAGGAAUCCGCCGGGGGUAUAUGUUUGGGGACCCCCACCAUAUUCCAACCCUAAUUCACCCGCACGGAGGGGUUUACAUGCGUCCCCGGCGAGGUACCAUCAUGUACACCAGCUUGCGCAUGCGCAUCAUCAUCACGCGCAUGAGAAUCACUGUCAAAUGAAUGAAGAGUCCCUAAGGAAUCUACAAGACUUCCAACGGGAGAUCAGAGAGCGUAGGUCACGUCAUAAAGAUAACUAUGAGAAUACCGGUGAGGUGGAGUACCAUCAACAUGAUGGUAAUGAUCAUACGGAUACGUCUAGCAAUGGCGAGCGGAUUUCUCACACGUUGCCCGUGCGUAAAGUGAAGAAACGCAUGGAUAUGUCUUCUAUGAAGAACGCAACGCCCACGCCUGCGUGUCGCACGAAUGUCAAGCAGGUAUUCCAAGAGGACACGCCUAAGGAAGAGGAGCAUAAGUAUCACGAGCCGAACUUACCUGCGUUGCAACCGAAUGACACAAAAGAAGAUAACUGUAGAUUUCUGCCGAGACUGCAAGGUGUCGAGAAUGCGGCGUUUCAGAAACAGGAAACCAGCCCGCAGAAGAUGGAACCCACCGAAUCCGAGGUGUAUUUCGCGGAUGUUUCAAGCUGUUGUAAUAUUUCAGUGAGAAAUGACGGCCAGGAUUCUUCUUUGUAUGAUGAAGCGACGGAGAAACGUGGAACUAAUCAAGAUGAGCAGGAAAGUCACGAGCGGCCAUUAGAGUCAUACACUGGUUCGUCCAAUGGGAGUGUAGCUCAUGCCAUUCGGCUGUCAACGCGUUCGCGUCUACCCUUACCACUUCCACUUGACAGUUCACCGCAGGGUAUACCCAAAGACAUUUCCAGCAAUAGUUUGGCUUCGUCUGUGCAAACGCCUAUGACGGAAACAACCGAUGAUUGCGUCACGCCUACAACCGAAUGUUGCACAGCCGAUUAUGACGAUGAAAGUUUCUUAGCACCCGAUGCACAAUAUGAAGUUAUACAAGAACAAAGCCAAGGGUAUCGUCCAAGCCCCGGACCAUCAUCUAAUCUCACAACUACAAUAUCCGGCUUGACAUAUGCACAAAACUACUUCGCGCCGCAGAUAGGCAACCAACAACGCCGCAAUGUGUCAAUUUCUAACCUGAUGAAAAAUCUAGGCACCAAUCCAGCUGGAUUGCUUUAUAAUGAAGCACACAGCGGUGGUGAAGACGAACCGCGUGGUCAGAGCAGUCAUAGUGAUGCCACGAUCGACUCCGGAUGGCAAAGCGGGUCGGAGAAACCCGAACAGCUCGAAAUUCAUAAACCUGUCAAUGUGUAAGCAUCUCUGUGCACUAGUAUAGUUGUGAUCGUGCCUAGCGCCUACAUGUAGGCAACCCAGAGUACAUUUAUCCUACGUGUUAGAUGUAUACCGGCCUAAACUCGGCCAUCUUGUACAUACUGUCAGUAAAUCUAAGCUUUAAUGUAAAUGUAAAUUUAGACAUCGAUGUGUGUAAACAGUGUCUCCGUGUCUAUCACAUGGUUUUAUAUUUUUAUAAUAAAAUUGUUAGUCAAAACUGCGCAUGCGCAUUGUUAUGACACAUUUAUUUACGCAUCGUGAAUCGUUUAACCAUCAAAAAUCAAAUGAACACAAUCAAAAUGUUAGUGAUGAAAGUGAAAAGAAAUUAAAAUCAUCGGAAGACUUGUUUCCAGUUACAAUAUUAAUAGCUGCUUAUGACGACGGCUAUGAUUACGAUUAGUAAUUGACAACAAUAUUCAAUAUUUUGUCUUUUCAAUCAUCAUUUUGGCAGUGUGACCUUUACACCUCGGUGUUUUUCUUCAAUUUCCACACCGGCCGCAUAGAAAAAUAGUAAUCAGCCUAGUAAAAUGUGAAUAGUAUACGUUACACAUUAAUAUAUAUGUAUAUAUAUAAUAUAGAUAUAUAUUUAUAAAAAUAAAAUUAUUUGUUUUAAA